AUGAAAAGGGUAGUGGAUUAUUUGGUGGGACCAACACAAUCUGCAUUUAUUGAGGGGAGGAAUAUACUUGAUAAUGUUAUUGUUGCUCAUGAAUUAGUGAAGGGAUAUUCACAGAAAGGUGUGUCCCCCAGAUGCAUGGUUAAAGUAGAUAUAAGGAAAGCCUAUGACUCAGUGAAUUGGAAUUUCUUAAAGAUGGUAUUACUGGAGUAUGGCAUUCCAUUGAAAGUGGUGGAACUUAUUAUGACAUGUGUCUCUACAAUUAGUUACUCCUUGUUGAUAAAUGGUGGUUGGACUCCAAUAUUCCAGGCUAAGAAGGGAUUAAGGCACGAAGAACCUAUGUCUCCAUAUUUGUUUGUUUUGGCAAUGGAGUACCUAAACAGGCCUCUCAAACAACUCAGGUAUAAUCCAGAUUUCAACUACCAUACCAGAGCAGACAGAUUCUCCAUACAAUUGUUGUUGCAAGCUUUCCAGCACUUCUCUACUAUUUCUGGGCUAAAAGCAAAUCUGAAGAAAAGUUCCUUCUACGUUGCUGGUGUAUCCCCUGAAUUCAAGACCUAG